CCCCAAGUGUUGAUGGAUAUAAUAAAACACUUAGUAGUAAAUUUAAUGAGAUGGAAUUUUUUACGCGUCAACAUGCUAAAGUUCAGUUUGAUGAUGAUCAAAUUAUCGUACCACCUCGAUCUAGUGUUGAAAUUUCCAUAAAUUUUGCCCCACCAAAUGAGCUACCUAAAGAUGGACAUUGGUUUUAUAGUGGGUGGGUAGUAAUAACUCCUUUGGAUGAGAAGAUGCCUGCAAUGACCGUUCCUUAUGCUGGAUUGGCUGAUGAUGCAAGGUCACUUCCAUUAUUUCAAACACCUGAAUUUCCUAAACUUGCUGAUUUGACUGAUAAUUUCAUCACAAAUGAUGAUGCAAUUAAAUCAUUUUCUUUUAACAUAAGUAUUAAAUUACUAAUUGAUCAACCAUCCGUGCAUCUAUAUCUUGCAACUCCGACACAAAUGAUUUUUACCGAAAUACUUGACGCAAAUCAAGAGUUUUUAGGAUGGGUUAAAGAAUUUAGUGGAAUUAAAAUUGUAAAAAAUCCGAUAGAAAAAUCGAAUAAUAUAGUUUCAUGGAAUGGAAUAAUUUAUGAUCUAAACGAUACAGGAACACUUGCUUCUAAUGGAGAAUACUUUAUUAGGAUUAAGGCUUUAAAAAUUUUUGGUGCUAGUAAUAACGAGGAGGAUUAUGAAUCUUGGAUUAGUCCCAAAUUUAGAGUUGAGAGGCCGGCUUUUACCAUUUAA